AUGAUCAACACAGAACUAGUUGACUAGUGUAUAUUUAAUGUCAUUUUCAUGAAUUCCUUGCUCGGUUUUCACCAGGCAGUUGGCUUGAUCAGAUAAUUUGAAUGUUCCGACAUGGGCUGUACAAUAACAGCGUGUUUUGUGAACCAAUACUAGUCAACCACAAAUGAAAUAUUUGCAAACAAUUCGGCUUGUGGGCUAUGAAUUCCAAAAGGAAGAAUCUUGCAACACAACUGUGCAAAGCUGUCAGUGAUGGAGAACCAAGGGCUGUGGAAGCUCUUCUUUCGGAAGGUGCCAAUCCAAACCUGAUCCUUCGCAAAGGCGUAGCGGCGGUGCAUUUAGCUGUCGGCGUGGAGACAGAGAAGCGAAUUCGCUGCCUAAAGCUUCUUCUGCAACAUGGGGCUGACCCCAAUGCGAGGUCUGUCGAGGAUCUGACGCCCCUGCACGUUGCUGCAUUAUGGGGCUGCUACCAGAACCUCAGACUGCUUCUACAGAAUGGAGGAGACCCCAGCUUAAAAGACCAGGAUGGGAACCGACCAGUUGACCUGGCGAACCAGCAGGAGAACUGCAAAUGUGCGCAUCUCCUGCAGGAAUACCAGUCCUGCGAUGCUACAGAAGCAGAGGAGGAAGACCUGCCGCAAUUUCAAUACUCUUUUUAUCGCGGCCAUGGCAGCAGAGUACUGCCCUGCAGCUCUAGCGCAGACGAAAGCACUUCCGUGUCUGAGAGCUCCCGAUUCAGUGACUCCAACGAGGGGCCGCUCAGUAGCACACGCCGCUCCUCCUGUCUGAACCUGUCAGGAACCAGCAACAGGCCCAGAUUCUCGGGGCUGUCCGACAUCACGGACCUACACUUGCGUCGCACCCAGGAAUGGGGCAGGGACUCGGACUGGGGCGUCCCCUCAUUGCUUUGUAGUACUCGCCUGUCCACGGUAGGUCACAGAGCCCCGUCGGGGAUAUUGCCCAUUCUUCAGGAGGGAGUCCCGCUUUCGGACUGCAGUGCAAUGCCGCCACCCAAGGACCGAGACGUCUCUGCGAUCCAGAGACUAUCUAACGUCGUCCCUCGUAACGAGGACUCGUCCUGUUCCUCACGCCGCGGCAGCCGGAAAAGCGUAAGCUUCAGGGACGUGGACGAAUACUUCCCGGCGUUCCGUUUAGACUCUCCCAGGAAGCCGGAGGACCAGGACGGUAGUAGUAACUCCUUGGCGGACACCACGGUCGACUUCACGGCCUACCCAAACUUUCUGGAUUCGGAGCGCACGGCCACUUUGCAGCACCAUCAGGGAAUAGACGUCACCUCGCCCGAUCACGUCUUCGUGUUCUCUCGAGACGUCGAUUGUGCCAGUCCUGAGUUGGAUAAGACCGUGGUGGGACCUUGGCCGAUGGAGGAGGAGGAGGGGGAACUGGACGAGGGAGGUGGUGAGCUGUUUGAUGAGAUGAGCGAUCCUGUCCAGCCCCAGCACUGUUCAGGUAGCAGCAGUGGGGGCAGUCAUUACAGUAGCUGUGACAGCGACCCUUACACCAGUGCCCUAGAGCCGUCCCUCCAUCACAGGUGCAGCCCACCUUCGACGGAAGAAGCGGAAAAGAGAUCAGAGACUAGUAAACGAGGCACUUCUCCCGAGGCAGCCUCAGCCUUUCAGUCGAGCAGGGCAGCACCACAACGGCCCACUUUGCCUGCUUCACCUUCGACAUCACCGGGGACCCAGAGUUUGUAUCCUAUACUUGGCGAAGAACUAAAGGAGCACUUGCUGAACACGGGUCAUUCACGAAAUGGCGGGCAUCCUGCCUUAACAAAUGUCCCCAUUCAGAGAAGCACAGACUCUUCAGUCGGGGUCUUGACUGAGCCAGAGCUUCCUGCCAUGAUGGAUGACUUGCAGCUGUGUGCUAAAUCCCCCUUCGGCAAUGCCGGAGGAGAACCGCAGGGAAGUCUGCGUAAGGCAUUUUCAGACUCCGUCCCUGCGGCGCAAUCGGAGAGGGGGCGUGGGGAGGAGGAGCUGCCCACAGGAGAGGUCGCACAUUCUUCCAGAGUACAUGGGGCUCCUGUGGUGAUGGAACCGGAGUUGCUGCUGACGCCCAGCCCAUUUGUCACGGGAAGGACGCGUUCCAGAAUGAGCCGUUGCUCCCUCAGAACCACCGGCAGCCCGCAUACCUCCCUGUCCACCUCCUCCCUGUUCGAAGAGACCUUGCCUCUCCCGACUCGCUGGGUACGCCGUAAUAACACUGGCAGAACCUGUGAGAGAGGAAAAGAUGGACUUUGUCGCACUCCAACUCCUUCAGAAAAUGGAUUAUGGGACAAUUCAGGCUCCAGCAUUCUGAGGCCCGAUGGAGACCAGAGUUCGCAACCGAGUGCCAGCCAAGCAGACACCCUAAUAAUUACUAGGAGUAUAGCAGAGACUGUCAUUAUCUCUGGGAGUUUAGCUGACACGGUGAUCCUGGAGGAAAGGAAUGAUGGAAGUGUGGCUAGCUCUUCUGGAGACAGUCAAGUUGAGACCAGUCCAUCCUGCCCCUCUACUGAUGUCAUAACUGAUGAUCGAUCAAGUUUGAGCGGGGAAGGGCCCAAUGAGGCAUCAAAUCUGGUUACUCCCCAGGUGAAUCGUCUCCGGCCAAAAGUGGAAGAAUCCUGGAUCACUGAUGACGUUGAGUCCAGUGACUCGCUGUCGUCAUCUCCGAACAGUCCCCAGACGCCGAAAGCGUGCCUCCGUUACGCUUCCCCGGAGCCACGGAAAGAGCCGCCCGCAACGCCUGCCUCUGGAUGUACCCCGCGUUAUAGUAUCAGCAGGCUCUCCGCGUGCCACACGCCCCAGACGCUGGCCAACCUCUCCUACACCCCAGGAGGACGUCCCCUGAUCUUGGAUGUGGAUGAGCCCGUCGAGUACCUUUAUACGGAUGUCGAACAGGGCCACGAGCUGAUCGAGUGCCACGUGCCUCCCACUACCAACAGCAGCAUCAGCUCUGACACGAGCGGCAGCGAGGACACCGUGCUGUACGACUGGCGCUCUGUGAUUGUCGGCCUUGGAAAGGAGAACCAUCUCCCUCGGGAAGAGGUGCUGCCCGACGCCAAGCCCCUGACGGACAAGGAGCUGAGGUCCAGGUUGAAGGAGCUCGGUGAGGAUCCCGGCCCCAUCAAUCGCCGUACCCGUCCGGUGUACAUGCAGAGACUGCACCGCCUACUGCAGGAGCCCAACGGCCAACAGUCGGCCAGUCAGAACUCGGGAUACAGUGCAGAAAUGGCGGCUUCUCUGGACAGCUUCGUCCUGCCAAACUGCUUUGCUGAGGAGAUGGCUCUGUGCCAGCAGUUUGACCAACCCGACCAGAACAGAAAGUGGCGUGAGGGCCUCAUAAAGUCCAGCUUCAACUACCUGCUCCUUGACCCCAGAGUCACAAAGAACUUGCCAUACCGCAGUCAUUCCAUGACCCCUGCAGAGUGUUUCCGAACCUUUGUCAGAGCCAUUUUCUAUGUGGGCAAGGGAAAGCGAUCUCGGCCAUACAGCCACUUGUAUGAAGCGCUGGAGUACUUCAGAGGAGACAAAUCUUCCAAGAAACUUUGCUCCAAGGUGCAGCACAUCCUGCAGGUGUGGAAUGCUGGCCAAGGGGUAAUUUCUCUGCAUUGCUUCCAGAACGUCAUCCCGGUGGAAGCUUACACCCGUGAGGCCUGCAUGGUUGAUGCCAUCGGCCUAAAGAUGCUGACCAAUCAGAAGCGGGGGGACUACUACGGGAUCGUGGCGACUUGGCCGCUAAAACGGCGGCGUGAAAUGGGGGUCCACCUGCUCUUCCGCGCGAUGCAGAUCUUCCUCGCGGAAGGCGAGCGGCAACUGAGGCCGGUGGACAUUCGGGCAGGCUCGUGAGUGGACGAUCCUGGUUAGAAACGGGGUGAGAGAGACCUAGCAACCAAAGGGGGGAAGUACCACUGAUCCGCGAGGUCCACGUUAUGAGGAUCAGACCUCGUUUGCAUUAUUAUAAAGUAGAAGCCUGCAAUGCAGGAGAAUUACAAUGCACAUGACUCAUUACUGAAUUCAGAUCCACAACUAAGAAGAUUUUUCAGUUUGUUGGAGUGAAUUUAAUCAAAUGAAAAGCAAAGUGCAGUUGGUUAAAGAUAAACACUAGGGCAUUACUGCAGACAACCUACCAUGCCCUUUUUUCAAAGCAAUAGCAAUGUUGUCGGAGAGCAACAGUACUCAUUACUGCAACAGUGAUGGUUUCCCAGGAUUUUCAAUUACAUUCAUUUAAAUUGCAACAAAAAUGUACACCUUAGAGAAGACCACCAGCUCACUGGAAUU